AUUAUGCUAAUUUUCUAUCACACGAUUAAUUAUGCUAAUUUUCUAUCACACGAUUAAUUAUGCUAAUUUUCAGUGUACUAGGUGUAAAUUUUCUAGCUGGUGAUUAUAAUUGUUUGAAGUAUUUUCUAUCACACGAUUAAUUAUGCUAAUUUUCAGUGUACUAGGUGUAAAUUUUCUAGCUGGUGAUUAUAAUUGUUUGAAGGAUCCUAUUUUGUUCGCUUAUUAGAGAUAAGAUUGACGGAUAUCAAAAUUACAGUGACGAUAUUGUUCAAUGAUUGCAAAGUUUGUUAGUUGUAAUAUUUUGUAUAUAAGCAUAGAAAAUAUGAAUGUGAAUUUGGAUCAUGGAAGGAUGGAUUGGAUUCAAAACUUGUAGAGUUGAAUCAAUGUUGUUAAAAGGCUGGCUUUCAAGUUGUAGUGCACAAGGUACUCUAGGGUGCUCUUCUGCACCUUCCCAUCGAAUAUGCUCACAGAUAAGGACAAAAAAAAACUGAUGGAACCAAGGGGAUUAAAAAAUAGGUGCAGAUCACCCAGUAGCACAUCCACACACUCAACCACACUAUAGAACUCAGAACCGUCGGGUAAGGUAAAUCUGACCGUUUCAAGCUUUGUUCUUUUAAGUUGUAUAAUUAUACAGAUAUAUGUGUAUGUAGUUAGAUCGAUAUGUGGUUUCAAAGGUAACUCUCCACUGCAGAAGACUUGUAUAGUGACCAAAAGAGUUAUACCGACACGCGUUUUAUCUUGAUUGAAAAAUAUAAAAAUGAAUACCGGUACCAGUUCGAUACUUGGAUUGGUUCGGUUUCUCAUGACACUGGAUGGCAUUGCUUUGGUUCGUAACGGUAAAGAACUAAAUAAUCAACUUUUAUAUUAUUAAAAUAACGAGAAGGGUAAACGACAUCACUUUAUAUAGAAAAACUAAACCGUGAGUAAACUUUAAAAUCAGGGAUUGCUUCAAUCAAAUUAUGCAGAAGCUGAAAUAAUCAUCUAGGUUAGGAAGAGUGCUCCGGUUUUCCCCUAAAUUGAUUUGAUUAUGCUGAAGAUGAUGGAUUGACGGUUGUUUGUAAUUGGUUACUUUGUCCAGAUUUACAUGUUCAAAUAUGAUAGUGUUCAUGGCCAAUAUAGAAGGGAUGAAAUCAAAGUUAAGGAUUCCAAGACUCUUCUCUUCGGCGAUAAACCUGUUACUGUUUUUGGCUGCAGAAACCCGGAGGAAAUCGCGUGGGGUGAAGCAGGAGCUGAGUAUUUUGUAGAAUCAACUGGAGUUUUCACAGAUAAGGACAAAGCUGCUGCUCAUUUGAAGGGAGGUGCGAAGAAGGUUGUGGUCUCAGCUCCAAGGGCGAACGCUCCCAUGUUUGUCAUGGGUGUAAACGAAAAAGAGUAUAAAUCCGAUAUCACUAUUGUGUCUAAUGCUAGCUACACCACUAACUGUCUUGCUCCAUUGGCAAAGGUUAUACAUGACAAAUUUAGCAUUGUUGAAGGCCUUAUGACCCCUGUUCACUCCAUCACAGCAACUCAGAAAACUGUUGACGGUCCAUCAAUGAAGGAGUGGAGAGGUGGAAGUGCCGCUUCUUUCAAUAUUAUUCCCAGCAGUACGGGUGCUGCUAAGGCUGUUGGAAAAGUCCUUCCUACCCUUAAUGGGAAACUUACAGGGAUGUCAUUCCGUGUCCCUACGGUUGACGUAUCUGUGGUUGACCUUACAGCUAGGCUCGAGAAGCCUACCUCAUAUGAUGACAUUAAGGCUGCUAUUAAAGGGGAGUAUGAAGGGAAUCCUAGGUUACACAGAGGAUGAUGUGGUGUCUACAGACUUUGUGGGUGACUGUAGGUUUAGCAUAUUUGAUGGAAGGUGGGUAUUGCUCUGGACAACAACUUUGUGAAACUUUCAGGUGUCAUCUCUAAGGUGGCCAAGCAAUUCUAACAGCCCAUGCGUAUGGCAUGAAUGAUGAGUUUUAUAACU